AUGAACGAGCAACGAGGAACGAAUGACUUCAAGUUGGAUGGGGUUAGACUACCCAAGUACACGGGGCAUGAGUCUGAGUCGUUCCGCCUGUAUCAGGAAGAGUUGUCGCAGUACUUUGAGGCCCGCAACAUUGACUGGAAGAACGAGCGUUGGGCGACGAGGGUACUGGCCAUUAUCGGGAGCACGUUGAAGGGGCAGGCUGGUCAGUGGUAUCUGGCGCGGAAGCAUGAGAUCUACUCUGCGGAGCAGUUACUCCGAGAGUUGGCACGCGCGUUUGUUCCGGCGGAUCUUCAGUUGCGGCUGCGUGAGCAGUUGCGACACCUGAACCAGAAAUCUUGCAAGUCGUUGGGUGAUUACGUUUCACGGUUUCGCAAUAUUGUACUACAAGUGGAAGACAUGACGGAGAUCGACAAAGUGGUGUACUUCUCGCAAGGGUUGAUGCCAAAUACACAUCAAGAAGUACUGUACAAGCGUCGUGAAACCCUUACGGAUGCCAUUACGGUAGCGAUGGACUAUGAACGCUCGCAC